AUGCUAUACAACCUACCACCCAAGAAGGGCUUCAUCUCACCUGUGAAGACAUCGACUCCAACAACUUCAACAACCUCAACAACAUCAACAACAUCAACAACAUCCACUCCUUCUUUAUCAACAUCGCGUACCUCAACAACACCUUCACAGUCAUCAUCGGCAUCAUCUGUCCCUCAAGCAACAACAAAGGAGAGACCGUCACCUCCAUCCCCCACUCCUACUACUUCAGUUGCUGCGACCAAUCCCACAACACCAUUGUCGACAAAGACGAUGACUGCAACAUCGACAACAGGACUCACACCAAAGCCCCCUGCACCGCCAAAACCAUCACUGGUAAAGAAACAACAGGCCUUCUCACCGCCAGCCUCCACAUCAGCAACAGGCGGUAGCGUGUUAUCACUGGGCAAUCACACUUCCUCUUUGAAGCCUUCACUCAAUGGAAACACAAUGCGUUCCAAUGGUACCACAGCCCUCACUCUGCCCAUCACUCCCAAGAAGAACCCACUAUCUUUGCAUCAGACCACAUCACUUGUCACACCUACCAAAACAACACCUAGCCUUGGCAACAACAACACCAACGGUAACAACAAGAACGAUACAAUCAUAUCAAGUGAUGGAAGAACCAAGCUGAAAGACCUUGGCAAACCAUUCGCUCAUUCACCAGUUGGCUUGGUCACGCCCCGUGUGUUGGAGGUCAACAGGACCAAUGCAGUGGACUUCAAGUUUGAAGGCACAGCCGAUGUCAAGGCACGUGGAUUCAAACAAAAGUUGGUUGGCGUGAGCGAGAUCAUGCUUCAGCUCAUCGGCGAAAAAGUCAUCAGCUCAGACCAGCAGGACUGGCUGCACAAUCACUAUGGCUGGAUCGUCUGGAAGUUGGCGGCAAUGGAGAGGUCCUUCCCCACUGUCUGUGGCGGGAAGUAUCUCACCCUGUCACGCGUGAUUGAUCAAAUCAAGCAUCGAAUCGCAAAGGAGCUCGGCCAGGGCAAGCCGCCAAUCAUCAAGAGGAUCUAUCAACGCGAUGACUCAUCAGAGAGGCACAUGAUCCUAUGCGUCUCAAACAUCAUCUCCAAUGGCAUUGACGACCAGCAGCAGCAACAAGACAAAGACAAUGCUGAUGAGCAGCCUGCUGCUGCAGACGAACCACAGAAGCAGCCACAGUUGGCUCGCGCUGUGGUUGAACUCACAGAUGGCUGGUACGCAAUCAAGGCUUAUCUAGACCCGCACCUCACACAUUGUAUGAGCAAGAACAAGAUCUUUGUUGGACAAAAGCUGAGGAUACAAGGUGCACAGCUCAUUGGCUGUGAGAAUGGAUGCGAGCCACUUGAGGACAGCAGCGAGAGUGUAUACCUGCAACUGUUUGCCAACAGUACACGAAGAGCGGCCUGGUUUGAGAAGUUAGGUCUUCAAAAGCAACCAAACUUCCCCGUGACCCUUCGAUCAAUCGUUCCAGGAAGUGGAACUGUUGCCUGCAUCAAUGUUAGGGUUCAGAAAGUACUACCUAUUAUAUACAAGGUCACAUCCAAUGGAGAUACAAAGCAAACUGUUUACCGAAGCAAGGAGGAGCAUGAGAAGAUACAGGACAACAUUGAGUCUCAGUCGGCGCAGUUGUACGAGCAAGCAACUUAUGAGGUUAACGAGCGCAUCAAUCAAGAGGAAGCCAAUCGCUAUGCCAAGAAGAAGUACAAUUCCAAAGCCAACAUUGACAAGAUCAGGGACUCCAGCGCUCUCUACGACCUCUUCCAGAGCAGUGGCCAAUCGGAAGAGUAUGUGGCGCGUCUCAACGAGGAGCAGCAGAGUCUGCUCAAGAUGGAGAUCGAGCGAAGGAACAACGCAAGGAUGGAGCGCGUCACCACCGAGGUCAGGGAAAUGGCCGAGACCAAGGGCUUUGCAUCGGGGCACGUUUACACACAAGUGCUGCGGCUCAAGAUCGUCGACCUGAUUGACAAGUCGCCUGCAGUCGCCACGAACUACACCAAUGGCACUAGCAAGACUCUCACUGACUACAUGCCCUCCCAACUGCUCUACGACACGGUAGUGGAGUGUCCUCUCUAUCUGCCCUCGAACAAGUAUGCCUCUGAGCUGCCCGACGUCAAGAAGUACUCCAACGCCGGAAAGUACGUCCAGCUCUAUCCUCUGCCUCCGGUACAACUCAGCGAUGACAUACCAAUGGACACCAACAACCAGCAGCAGUCAGUGUCGUCCAAUGGACAUGAGACCGUCCUUCACUUUAGCAAUCCAUCCGAGGAAAUGCUUCAGGAAAUCAAAGAGAAUGGCACCUAUCAGUUCUUCUACGUGCAGCCAAGGCAGUACUAUUACUCGCCAGCACAACAACUUCGGAAGCCAACGGGCAACCCUAUCAGUGAGCUGCAGUCAUCCAAGCGAUCUUCAUUCAAACCGAUGGGUGGUGGUGCUGAAGGAAACAAAAACAUCAACAUCAACAACUCAGGAGCUGGCCAGAUACUCAAUCUUGGUCACUACACUGAUGGCGCCACAAUCACAAAGAACAGACAGGAGUGUGAGCUGGUGGGCUUGCUGUUGUAUGUUGGCCCCAACGUUCAAUCGAUCAACGACAGCCGAGAUGGCAAGAGAAUCGAGAACUCGAGGAGCAUAUACCUGAGCGAUGUCUCUGGCUACAUUGCCAGAGUGACCAUGUCGCGAGUCACCUGGCUGACAGGCAGCCCACAGAGCAAGGAUUACGAGAUGAGCACCAUUCCAUUCCCAACGCCCGACGGCUACCCGCUAGACGCCACGACCCAACAGAAACACCAGCGCAACGGCUUUGCCGCUACCAAGGAGUAUCCUUUGGUGCACAUCUCCAACGUGAACUUUGACAUGUACAAUGCGAGCCAGGAACUACUCUACUUCUCCAACCGAGAUGUGAUCGAGGUGUCCCGCAAACCAAAGUCCAAGCACGCCCGCGAGUCCUUUGAGCAGCUGAACAAGUGGCUAGCAAGCUCUCCAGGGUUAUAUUCAUUGUUUACAUUUAGAGCCAAAUCAUUUGUACAGACCACACAACAACAGCUGCAGAAUGCCGCUUCAACAAUAGGCCAAUCAUCUCCACCACCAAUGCAAACACAAGCAUCAACCUCCAGCGAAGAGACACCAAUGGAGGAUGCACAACAGGCAUUCGACGAUGUGGAGCCAUACGACUUCUCCGAUAUGACCGAUAUGACUGAUGAUCAGAUGAGUAUAAACAGCGAGAGCACAUCGACAACAACUACAUCAACGACAUCAACGACAACAACAUCAGUACAAUGCGAACCGGCAUCAACAGACCAGUCGCAUCAUUCUGCUGCUGUGGUAGAUGAACCAACCGAGGAGUUAUUGCAGAGCAAAGAUAAUGAUAACACCAACAACGCAGCAGACGACGAUGCCUUCCAACCCACACAGGAGCUGACCACAGUACCUCCAACAGCAUCCAUUCUGAAUGACAUCAAUUUCUGA